GAGGUUGUCUUUGCCGACACACCGGCUGAACUGCUCCUACCGCUGCCGGCCAUCCUAGGGCCUGGCGGGUGAAUCUGCACAGGCCCCACUGCCGCCUUCCCGGCUGCAGGUGUACCUGGUCACCAUGAAGCUGCCGAGCCCAGCCCUCCUCAGCUGCUUCCUACUGACCCUGCUGAACAUAUGGAGAGCUGCUCCCGAGGCCCACGCCUCAUCCAUGGACAUGCAGGCAGUCAGCGCCACCUCUUUCCUGGAGAACCUCAUGCAUCGCUAUGGUGAGGGUGGCAGCCUCACCCUGCAGCAGCUGAAGAAACUGCUCAUCCACCUGAAUGUGGGAGUAGACCGGAAUAACGCCACACAGCCUGGCCAGGGUCACAGGAACCUCUCCAAGUGCUUUAGUUCUGGAGACUUCUUUGCUGCUCACAAUUUCAGCGAGGAGUCUCGGAUCGGGAGGAGUGAGCUCCAGGAGUUCUGCCCCACCAUUCUCCAGCAGCUGGAUUCUGGGGCCUGUACGUCUGAGAACCAAGAGAAUGAAGAGAACGAGCAGACCGAGGAGGGGAAGCCGAGUGCCAUCGAAGUGUGGGGAUACGGUCUCCUCUGUGUCUCCCUCUGCUGCCUCAUGGGGGCCAGAGUGGUGCCCUUCAUGAAGAAGACCUUUUACAAGCGGCUGCUGCUCUACUUCAUAGCUCUGGCGAUUGGAACCCUCUACUCCAACGCCCUCUUCCAGCUCAUCCCUGAGGCUUUUGGCUUCAAUCCUCUGGAAGAUUAUUAUGUCCCCAAGUCUGCAAUGGUGUUUGGGGGCUUCUACCUUUUCUUUUUCACAGAGAAGAUCUUAAAGAUGCUUCUUAAGCAGAAAAAUGAGCAUCAUCACGGACAUAACCAUUUUGCCUCGGAGACACUUCCUUCCAAGAAGGACCAGGAGGAGGGUGUGACAGAGAAGCUGCAGAAUGGGGAUCUGGACCACAUGAUUCCUCAGCACUGCAACAGCGAGCCCGAUGGCAAGGCCCUGGAUAUGGACAGGAAGGUCAUCGUGGGCUCACUCUCCGUGCAGGACCUCCAGGCUUCCCAAAGUGCCUGUUACUGGCUGAAGGGUGUCCGCUACUCUGACAUCGGCACCCUGGCCUGGAUGAUCACCCUGAGUGACGGCCUCCACAACUUCAUCGAUGGCCUGGCCACAGGUGCCUCCUUCACUGUGUCUGCUUUCCAAGGCAGCAGCACGUCGGUGGUCAUCCUCUGUGAGGAGUUCCCACAUGAGCUGGGAGACUUUGUCAUCCUGCUCAAUGCUGGGAUGAGUAUCCAGCAGGCUCUGUUCUUCAACUUCCUUUCUGCCUGCUGCUGCUAUGUGGGUCUGGCCUUUGGCAUCCUGGCCGGCAGCCACUUCUCGGACAACUGGAUUUUUGCACUGGCUGGAGGAAUGUUCUUAUAUAUUGCUCUAGCUGACAUGUUUCCUGAGAUGUAUGAGGUCUGCCAGGAGGAUGAAAGGAAGGGCAGCAUCUUGAUCCCCUUUGUCAUUCAGAACCUGGGCCUCUUGACCGGCUUCACCAUCAUGCUGCUCCUCACUAUGUACUCAGGGCAGAUCCAGAUCGGAUAGGGCCCUGCCAAGAGCCAGUGGGACUGCAGGUCGGGUUCUGGCCACAGGACACGGCCUCCACAAACCUCCAUGGAGGAGGCAAUUGGAUUAAACUGAUAACAGCCUGUCUGCCUGCUCCAGAUAUCAACUGUAUUUAAAGUGCUCUGUUCUAGGAAGAAGCUGCCCUGGUGACGUUUUCCAGGUAGUGCCUCAACCCUCCCUGCCCCCUUCUUCACGGUGGCUCUGGAACCUGAAUGCUGUGUACAAGACAAGACUCCCUUUCCUCUCCACUCACUCUGGACUCUUUCUCUUGGAAGCAGCACUGAGAGAUUUUCAGUCUUUUACCCUGCAAUGUAAAAAUAGAGCUCGUGGUCAUAACUUGGUUAGAAAUAUUAGGAGAUGAAGAAAAAAGAAGAAAGAAAGAAUCAUCAGGAGGUGAAUCUAUACUUUGGGGCCUGUGGACUGUGAAGCGGGUUCUUCUUUUCUUACAGAGAAGGGACAGGAGACAAGGGACCCCCACCCCCACCCCAGUCUGUUGAGUUGCCUAU